AUGGCAAUGGAGUAUUUCGACGAGCAGAUAGCACCGUCGUUACGGACAAAAGAUCCGUUGAAUUUUCUGUAUCGAUCCCACGGUCGAUAUUCAUCGUUUUCCGUGGCAUUGCCCCGUUCCGCUCCAUCCAGUAUUAAUGCAAGUUUCCGAUCCCUCUACAACUCACCAUCACCGUCCACAUCGUCGCUGUGUGGUAACAAUCAAGGUGGAUCAGUGCUGAGUGAGAUGAGUAAACUGUUCGAGUGGCGUAAGGAUAUGGAAGAGAAACUGAAACGACAGGAACGCGCAAUACGUGAACAAGGAGCUGCGAUUAAUAGUAUUAUUGAA